GAUGGUGUGUUUUCUUCCCAAAAAGAGCAAAUGAAAGCAGACAACCAGAUUCUGAGAAGCUGGCGUUUUGUCCAUCAUCUUAUGACCGACUUUUCCCGGCUUCUCACGCAGAUGAACAAGUGCAGAAAUUCGCUGUAUGGAUGCACCAACAUCAGUUGGUGUCCGUGAAUUCGGAGGGAAGGAGGCGGAGUUCAUCUGGUGUAAUAAAAGUAAGCUGGGAGGAAAAUGUGACAGAUGUGGAGGCCUGUGCCAACGAGAAAAGCGAGAGUAGGACUGUCAGACAUGUCGACUCCGGCACAGUGAUGGAUGGAGAGUGAGGAUUACUAGCUGGGGAUUCACGAGCUCCUUCACACCUCCCAGGGAAAGCCAGAGUGUGAUGACGAUACAAGUGUGUGAGUCGUGAGCUAGCCAGCAAGCGUGUGUGCCGUAGGAAUCUGCGCAAGCGGCUCUUGAGGUGUUUAAAUCUGAGACGCCGACAGACCGACUGGGGUGCAGGCAGCCCGCCGCCUUGACACCGCUGAGACCGACGCUCCCUCUCCCGGACUGACAGUCCAAUCGCAAGCCGCCGCUCGCCCUCCCUCCAUCCACAGCGUGCUCCCUUUCUCUCUCUCUCUCUCUCACUUGCUCGCUCGCUCACACUCCCUCCUCCUCUUCUUCUUUCUCUCUUUCUCUCUCUCUCUGGUUUUCAUUCCUUUGCGCUCAAUCCGUGCAUCCCCUCCUCCUCCUCUUCCUCCUCCUCCUCCUCCUCACACCUUUUGGUCAGAAGAGGAAGAGGAAGCCCAGCCCAGGGAGAGACGCUGAGAGGAUGAAACUCUGACACGCCGACAGACCACAGGGAAACAAGAGCACAACUAUAAUUGCUAGAAGGAAGCGCCCAGGAAGGUCAGCCAAGAAUCCCGCCGUAGGUGCCAAAGUGAAAUCUACAGGACUACAAUUACUUGGACGGACUGAGGCGGCAGAGCAAAGUGAAUGACAGUAAGUGAUCAGUGCAGUGUGGCGUUUACAUUGGACUUCACUCUCUGCAGUGGCGACAAGUGAUUUCUCCUUUUCCCAACACCUCCGACCUCUGACCUCUCAGGUUGUAUCUGACGGAGGGACCGGUGCCGCGCUCCCAUCCCCGCGCUCCUUCAACAACAACACUGGUUGAUCAGCACCUGUGGCGGCAGCAGCGAGUCGAGUGACCCAGCUUCAGGCCGACCGGCUUCACCUGUACAUGGAGACCCCCAGCUGGGCAGGAAACACAUUGUGUAAGUCAGGAAGCAUUGCUGUCUUCGGGAACGUGGUAUACAGCGGACUGCUGAACGAUCACCUCUGGCAUUUGGGAGUGCCCCUCUUUACAAGACUGGGUAACCAAGAGGCCACCAACCCCCCAGAAGCGAUGGCCCAGCCGUACACCCCAGCCCAAUACCCGCCUCCCCCACAGAAUGGCAUCCCCGCAGAGUUCGCGGCACCGCACCCGCUCCCGACACAGGACUACACCGGGCAGAGCCGGGUUCCUGAGCACGCCAUGACGCUCUACACGCCCACACAGACGCACAGCGAGCCGGCCGGCACUGACAACAGCACACCCACCAUCACCGCCACCACGACCGCACCGGUCAGUGCCCUUCAUCACCUGCAAACACUGUUCUCAACAAGCUGUCAGCAAACAGAUGAUGUGACGCAAACAGAGGGCUCUCAGCAGCUCCAGCUCCAACACUCAGACUCUUCAGAGAAGCAGCAGCCCAAAAGGUUACAUGUCUCCAACAUUCCCUUCCGCUUCCGGGACCCUGACCUAAGGCAAAUGUUUGGGCAAUUUGGAAAGAUUUUAGAUGUGGAGAUUAUCUUUAAUGAGCGAGGAUCCAAGGGCUUUGGGUUUGUAACUUUUGAAACAAGCACAGAUGCUGAUCGUGCACGGGAGAAACUAAACGGUACAAUCGUAGAGGGACGCAAAAUAGAGGUGAACAAUGCAACAGCACGAGUGAUGACAAACAAAAAAGUUGCCAACCCCUACACGAAUGGCUGGAAGCUGAAUCCAGUAGUAGGAGCUGUCUAUGGUCCUGAACUCUAUGCUGUAACAGGGUUUCCCUACCCUGCCACAGGCGCUACAGUGGCCUAUAGGGGUGCCCACUUGCGGGGACGGGGACGGGCUGUGUACAAUACAUUCCGCACAGCUCCUCCGCCACCACCAAUCCCAGCUUAUGGAGCGGUGGUGUACCAAGAUGGCUUCUAUGGUGCAGAGAUCUAUGGUGGCUAUGCAGCAUACAGAUUUGCCCAGCCCACCACCACCGCUGCUUACAGUGACAGCUAUGGCAGAGUCUAUGCAACAGCAGACCCGUAUCACCACACAAUUGGCCCUGCUGCCACAUACAGUGUGGGGACCAUGUAAAUACAAAAUGAAGAGCUGUACUCAGUAUUGAUGGACAUCACAGAUGAAAACAACGAAGAGAGGAGAACUAGCUUUAAGAAAAUAACACAAGACGACGAGAAGGAGUCCCCCUACUGAGGCUGGCGAAGGAAGACGGGAGGCGUACGAAGUGGCGCCGCGGCAGCGGUGUCAAACCAGCCACAAACUUGACAGACGGAGUGAGCCAGUUUCCACCAGGGACCACCUUUUUGCCGAGUAGAAAAAAGACAGAGAGAGAAGGAAAAGUGUCCCGUUAUUAUAAAACAUUUUAUUUUUCUAUACUUUUGUGAUUUACAAUGGUAAAAAAAAAAAAAAAAGUGUAUAAAGCAGUAUAUAUGUACAAAUCUGUUUUUAUGUUUUUUGGUAAGGGAGAUGAACAGUUGGCCCUUGAUGCUGAUUCUGUGGUAUGCAGGAAGGAGGAGGGAGGAGCUCCCCCUCCUCUCUCUAUGGCACACCGCUCUGUCGCCGAGGUCGUGUAAAAAAAAAAAAGAAAAAAGAAAAAACAAGACAAAAAACUAACAGAAAGGUGGCAGGGAGAGCUCGGCAUCCAGGCAGAAGCACUUUCUACGCUGUACUUCCUGUGGGUGGAGUCAAAGGUCAACCUUCUGGUCUCACUACUCCGCCUUCUUCCUUCCAACCUCCCCGACCUCCUGACUUACUACCUUCCUUCCUUCCUUCCUUCUUGGGCCGGUGAUUACGCUCUUUCCUCCGUGUUGCGGUGUCACUGGCCUCCAGCGCCUACUGUUAGCAGCGUCCCCCGUGGAUACUGUCGUGAUGUCACUUACUUCUGGCAGCACCAUUGGGCAUCCCCGCCCUCCCCAAUGGGCAGCAUCACUGGUUUACAGCGUUGGGGAGUGGGGGGGGUGAACCACGGCGGGACGGUGAGACGGUAUAAAAAGCCGAGCCUCCCCGUCUGCCCCUCUCCACGUCCCAGCAGAGGUCACUGACUGAGGACUAGUUAGAGAAAAUGGCGCAGAAGUCGCCGACUUAACUCACCUGCCAGACUCCGAGCCCAAGCCUUUGUGUCACUGCACCAACGGACAAACUAUCAGACCAAUGUGAUGAUAAGGUGCAUACAACUUCCAAGGAUGCACGUUUCCACCUGACGAGAAUAACUCAUCAACGUCCAUGUAACAAAUUGAAUUAUAAUCGAAUAAUCCCAUUGUACUACAUCAGCAGGUGCAUAACCAAAACACAAGCCUGAGGCAUAUAGACUAUGUCGCUAGAUAAAACAUUAUAGAAAUACAGUAGUGCCCAUCCAACGGUAUCAAGGAACGAGGGCUGAAAUAUGUCAGUUUUUUUGUCAAUGUAUUCUGAGAAUAUUUUUUGUGUGUUUAUUCUUAUUUUUUUUAGUUUUCUUUUGCAGCACUGAAAACUUUUAAACAGGAAAAAAAGUUUUAAUUUGGUGGAAGCGAAACCUUAAUUCUUUAUAUCAGGAGAGUCACUGUAAACGUGUUUAAUCAAGAAUGUUGGUUCAGUUUUUGAAUGUACUUUAAUGUCUAGGGUGUCCAAUAAGUAUGUAUUCUUUUUCUGUAUAUAAAUAUAUAUACAUAUCUAUUAUAUGGGCUGUGGUGAUGUCAGGGAAUAGAGGGGGUGGGCAGGAAAGCCUCUGGCCCCCAAGCAUAGAUACCAGACCCCCCUCCAACUAAAUAUGUCCCUGAUAUUUACUGUAACAUGUGAUCAUGUGUUUUAUGAUUGAAAGUGUGAUGGUGAUAGUGUGAACUGAUCUUCCCCCCAAAACCCACCUUUUACCACACAAACACACACACACUGAGCAAAUACUCACACAUUAACAGCAAAUUACACACACAUACAAACAUUUCUGCCCCAUUCAGAGCAAAACAUCACAUCCUACUUUUAGCCGACAGACGCUACGGGAACAGAAUCACAUUCGCAGUAAUUCUGGCCCGUUCAUUGGAGCUGCAAAGACUUGCUAAUUAGUGCAAGGUGUUGUGGGUGUCAGAUAAAAAGUUUAUGAAUAUUGAUUUUUCUUUUCUUACUUGAACCAAAGUAUGAUUUGAACACAGUCUCAGUGCUCUUUGAUCAGGAGACAGCGGGACUCAGUGAUGAUGGCGGAGCCCGGAUGUGUAUUGACGUGACCCAGAUUUUAUUCACUCAUCACUGCCGAGGAAGAGCUCGCUUCUCUGCUAAUAUAACGAGCCUUGCUGAUGAAGCCCGGCUCCUAGCUUCCUGCAGCAGCCUCGGUUUAUGAACCGCUGUUCUCAUGCUGACCCUGGUGGGCGGGCAGUUUUAUUGCAUAUUGGAAAUAACCUGCUGGCCCUGAGAAGAAACUUUUCUUUUUCAUCAGAGGCAAGCAGGUUCGGGUGAAGCACAACUUUGUUUGAGAGUUCAGGGUACACUACUAAGUUAGUAGUGGUUUUGUGUGAAUUAUUCUAAGAAGGUAAGACUCGGUAAAGCUCCUGACUUCCUGUACAAAACUACAGUGUGUACUGUUAAUAUCCUGUACAGUAAAUCUCACCUCACACUUCUUGAUUAACUUCAUCUUAUUUCAGGUUAAAAAAAAAUAUACUUGUUCUGAAUCAGGGCUCCUACCCACGCGACCUCUGUUCAUCUGUAGACAGCUUUUCAUAUAUUACAAAGAGUAUCUAUAUCAUGGCAACUAACUGUUGUGAAGUCUAAUUGGGGUAAAGUCGGUCAUUUGUUCUCCCAUGCAGCGAUCAUAUUCAGGCUUAGCAUCUUCAUACCUGUAGGUUUGUUUCUGAGAGUCACAUGAUUCAUCUGGCCUACUUACACGACUACAGACUUGUGGUGGGUCAGAAACAACUCAGGAGCAGGUUGGAGUUUUACUUCGGUGGUAACUUCACGGGAGGCAGAGCUUCUCUAAAGGUCGAUUUAAUCGGCAGAGAUAAAGAGCCACAGUUUUUGUUUGUUUUCUUUUUGGUUUGUGAACAUUAAGGUUUGGUCACGUGGUCAGAUUUUGUCCACUGAAUUAUCUAUGCAUUUUGCAACAAAAACACUUGAUGUCACUUGUGAUAGGCACAUUUUGGAGAGAAAGCACUGUUAUCUUUAUUCUAGUUAGCUGCUAGCUGAUCAAAUCUGAAAGGAUAGGGCUGGUAUUAUGGUGUAUUUUAAUUUUGUCAACAAAUCUCAUGAAAAGACAAAAACCAACAAUGUGAGAGUUUGUCUUGCCGCUUCCCGACAUCUGACUGUGUCUGUUGGUUCCUAGUGGAGACAUAAGUAUUUAAAAAGGGAAGCAGCUGGCAUCUGUAGUUUUUAGCGAGCAUUACUCAAACCUAAAUGCAUUUCACAACGACUGUUCAGCGGCGGAUUAAUCCAUAUUUGGUGCUCUAGAGAGUGUUUGUAUGUGGAACUGAGUCAAAACAAACUACAGGGUGUGGUUGUUGUAAUAAUGGAAGUGCAACCGUGUGGCUACUGAUGUAUGGAGCUAUGAUGCACAAAGACACAUCAGGUUUUGGUGCGACAUGCAGCACUUGCGCUAAGGAUAUGUUUGGUUUUGGUCUGUUCAUGAGAUUUGAGCUGCAUCUCUGCUCAUUUUUAAUGUGUUUGAUGUCAAAGGUGAAUACGUAGCAUUUCUAUGGGACUGUGAUGCAGACAUGCAUGUCAGGUAUUAGGCUUUAGUUUGUGCAAACUGACAUUGUUGACUAUUUUUAAAACAGAAGCCAACGGUUGGCAAGUUGUAACUUGCAGUGUUUAAAAUAAGUAGUUAUUUUACAUUGUUUCUAUUAUUAUUAUUAGCCGUAGUAGUAUUAAAAAUAGCAGUAAGGGACUGUGUGCAAUGUCAUCAUUUUAAAUAUUGUAGUGUAGCUAGCUUAAAGCUCAUUUUCAUCUGCAGUUCUCCAGCACUUCACAGUUAAAACAGCGAUGUACAACUCUAAACAUGUAAGAUAAUACCAAGUGCAUCAUUUGCUCUUAUUUGUUUAAAUGUGUAUACAGCUUUAUAGCACAUAGGUGUUUGGUAGACACUGAAAACAAUGUGAUAAAAAUGCCAUCUGGCCACAUUAAAGCUCAAGCUGCAGUAAUUAGUACUUUGAUCACUUGCUUUGGAUUUCUUUUGGUUAACCGGGGGUGGAAGAUCUUAACUACAAAAAAAGAAAAGAAAGAGGGCGGGAGGAAAGAGAAAACACAGCUCCCAGGCGUUUCUUUUCACAUAUGUGUGGUAAUAAAUAGUCACACACUCUCAUCCUGCUUACAGGUUCACUCCUGUUCUACUAGCUUUCAGUGCAUGAAGGUAUUUUGUCCUAUUUUUUCAUUUAACAACCACAGCUCUCAUGAACGCACCUCCCUUUGAUAGUGCUUCACUCACUAAGCCUCAUGGGAGCUGUAGUUGAAUAUAAAAACAAAAAAAAAAAAAGAAAAUUUUAUUGCCUUAGAAUUUUCUGUGGCUUAAUCACAGACUUAUGAUCAGCUAUGAAUAUAUGAAAUAUUGACUACGUUUUAAAUGAUCUCAGUAGUUGUUCGUAGUGUUGGUAGCCGCAUCAGCAUCAGUGGUCAAGUUUGGUGUAAGAAAAUUGUUGACUUUGUUAUUUUUAGGUGCUUUUUAAAAAAAAUAAAAAUAACUGUGGCUGUUUGUCCCUACUAGCUGGUGCAUUAUAGUUUACAUCUGCAUCCAGAGGAACUCUGCCUUUAAAAAAAAAAAAAUUAUAAAAAAUUAUAAAACUCCAGCCUGCACCUCUGCAGUGGGAUGGAGCGGGGGGGCGGGGUUAAAGUGACCCUCCCUUCCUUCCUUCAGAUGCCUUCAGUAUAAUGAACUGGUCCUGAUCUUCCUGAGCACAACUGCUUGAGCUGUGAUACUAGCAGGAUGUCCCCUCUGAGAGUCCCCCGCUUCCCCCCCCGACUCCAACAUACCCACCCCCAUAGGGCACCCUCCCAACUCCCACACUCCUCCCCACCAAGCCUUCUAGUAUGUGAGUCGACUGGCCCCUUUUGUAUUCCUGGUGUUCUGUACAUAAUAACCCUCACCUUUCCUUACCUCCUCCCUUUCUCCCCCAAAUGUCCUUUCAGGGGGAAAAAGAAGAAAAAGAAAAAAAAAACAAACAAAAACCCUCUGACUCCCCGAAAUCUUGUAUUUUGUUCUAAUAAUGACAAAAUUUAUUUAUAAGGAUUUUUUAAAAUCUAUCUCUUUCUCCUUUUUGUAAAUGUUCCAGUUAAAUAAAGUUUUAAAAUGUUAAAAAAUUAAAUGGAUAUAUCGAAAAGUUAAAAAAAUGUCUCUAGAAGUCCCUGCCCCCUCCUCUGGCUCUGUACUCUGAACUUUGUGUUUUUGUUUUUUCUCUUUCUGUAUGCUUCUCUUUAUGUGCUUCAGAUGAAGAGUUCUAUUUAUUAUGACAUUAACGUUAUUAUAAUUAUGACUAAUUAUUAAUAUUAUCAUCAUCCUCAUCAUCCUCAUUAUUAUCAUUAAUAAACUUGUCUACUUCA